GUAAAAGUUGCUAGCCCCAGAAAAGGGGACUUUUGGGGCCUAAAGGCUUGUGAAUUUUUAAUGCAUUUGUUCAUCCAGUAAAACUUAUCACACUAACUACUUUGCCCUUUCUUUAAGGUUCCUAUUGAUUUCACUGGAUUUGGAUCAAGCUGCAACUGAACUGAUGACACAACUGAUCACUGACCUUCUGUAAAUUCUCCAAAACCAUUAACUGGGAAUAUCAUUGCGCUGAUGCUCGAAAGUCUUAGGUGUAAGCAGCUGCAGUUCAGUGCUUUUCUUCUGUUUGAAGUGACAGCAUCUGGACAACAGAUUACUGACUACGUUUAGAAAACUCCCCACUGUAGACUGAGUUGGAGUUGGUUUGGUGUCCUUAAACAACUUGGCUUAGAACAUGGAGCUCAGACAUUCUCACGACCCAAUCCUAUUUAAGGACUUUUCCAUCUAUUUAAAGUGCAAGAAUGAAGAGAAAAAAAGUGCUUGAAAUUAAUUGUGUGGAUGACAUAUAUGCACCAAGUAUUCCAUUUCCUCUAGAAGAUGAAAUCUUAACUAUGCUUAGGAUCAUAAUCAGGGAUUCCAUGCCUUUUUUUCUUCUCUCCAAUAGAUACUGGAAAACUAGAUCUCCCUAUUGGGGGUUACAAAAAGUCACUGAUGAGUAAGUAGUUUAAGUCCUUUAAAAAUAAAACAAGAAAGCAGCAUUCCAGCAAGUUUCUCAUACAAGGGGAGGGGAGCACCGGGCCAAAAUAAAGAAAGCCCUUUAAUGGUAAACCUUUUUUUAAACUGGUGUUAAACUACUUCACUUAAAGGAAGGCGAAGAAAAGCAGCUGAAUAUCUUGAUUGUUAUCCACAAACCAGGAGGAUGAAGCCACCAGUAACUAAAAUACAGGAAACUCUAGUCUCCGGUGAUAAAUAAGAGUCACAACAGCACAGGAUGCGUGCAGGGCAGCUCCUUGGGCCAAAGGGAUCUGAAAGGCAAACAGCUUCUGCUCUUUUGUUCUAACAUCUGAUGUGUGUCCCCUGCAGGUCCCAUCUGUGCAUCUGGUGCCCGGGACAGCAACAGCACCGAUCCUGCCGCUCUCUGACAGACCAGACCAAAGCAAGCAUGGGAACUGCUCUUUUCUUCCUAGGCCAGGUCUUACUUUGGGGGGUGCCCUCCUGGGCGAGUGAGGAGGCAGAGGCCCUGUGCGCCCAGACUGCCUGCUACACCAUCCACUGGGGCAAGCACAACUGGGCGGAUGCCCAGGAGAAGUGCAAGAGCAAUGGAGGCAACCUGGUGACCAUGAAGAGCCAGGAAGAGGCCUUGUACGUCCAGGAUCUACUAGCCAAGCUGCCCAGGAGGGAGGCCAGGGCAGAGGGGCAGGCGAGGCUUUGGAUCGGGCUCCAUCGGGAGAAGGGCAAGUGUUACCAGCAGCACCAGCUCCUCAAGGGUUUCAGCUGGGCCUCGGGAGGGGAAGAGACCGACUACGCCAGCUGGCUCCGGGAGCCCCGAGAGACUUGCACCAGCCGGCGCUGCGUGAGCCUGCACUGGAACACCACCGCCCCCAGCUCCCCGGCGCUGGGCUGGGCCGACGGGCCCUGCAGCGGCUCCUCCGCCAGGGCCCAGGGCUACCUCUGCAAGUUCAGCUUCCAGGGCAUGUGCCGCCAGCUGGCGCUGGCCGGGCCCGGCAGCGUCACCUACACCACCCCCUUCGGCCUGGACAGCGCCUCCCUGGCGGCCGUGCCCUUCGGCUCCCAGGCCGCCGUGUCGUGCCGGGGCCAGGCGCCGGGGCCCUUCGCGGUGUGCAAGGCGCAGGCGGGCGGCGGGUUCGAGUGGAGCAGCCCGGGCCCGCUGUGCGCCUCGCCCCGCCACGGCUGCGCCUACAGCAACGGGGGCUGCCAACACCAGUGCCUGGAGCUGGCGGGCGGCUCGUUCCGCUGCGCCUGCCGGCCGGGCUACCAGCUGGGCGGGGACCUGCUGUCCUGCUCGCCCGUGGACUACUGCAGCGCCCAGCCCUGCCAGGGCGAGUGCCUGGGCCGGCCGGGGGGCUUCGAGUGCCGCUGCCCCGCGGGCUACGCGCUGGCCGGGGACGGCGUGAGCUGCGCGGACGUGGACGAGUGCCUGGGGGAGCCCUGCCAGGAGGGCUGCGUCAACACGCCGGGGGGCUUCGCCUGCACCUGCCCGCCGGGCUACGAGCCCGCGGGGCCCGGCGGCCGCCGCUGCCGGGACGUGGAUGAGUGCGCCCAGGGCGCGCCCUGCGCCCAGCUCUGCAGCAACACGCCGGGCUCCUUCCUCUGCGCCUGCCGGCCGGGCUACCAGCGGGGCCGCGACGGGGCCUCCUGCCGGGACGUGGACGAGUGCCUGGGGGAGCCCUGCCAGGAGCGCUGCGUCAACCAGCCCGGCAGCUACCAGUGCCUCUGCCCGCCGGGCUGGGCGCUGGCACCCAACGGCGUCUCCUGCCUCUCGGCCUCCAGCCCCGGUAGCGCGGCCCCGUCCCUGCGCCCCCCAGGGGAAGAGGAGCCGGCGGCUGGGGGUGGGCACCCGGCGGGCACCCACCCCGCUAGCGAGAGCCCAGCCCCGCGCUCUGAUCCAACCACCCGAGCCCAGCCAGGCGGAGCAGAGCCGAGCACCCUCCAGCCGGCUGCUGUCAGCCGCGCGGCAGGGGCUGGGGAACCUAUGAUGAAGCCCGACGCUGACCAGGCCACCGAUGGCCCCAAACUGCUCCUGUACUAUAUCCUGGGCAGCGUGGUGGUUAUCCUGCUACUGUUGGCUUUUGCCCUGGGCUUGCUCAUCUAUAGGAAGAGGAAAGCCAAGACGGAAAAGAAGAAAGCCAGGAGUACCACAGACAACUACUGCUGGGUGCUUGAGCAGGCAGAGACAAAAGCAGUAGCCAAUGACUACAGGUAAAGGCAGGAGUCUGCAGAAAGGGUAGCCUGCUUGCAGGGACUAGGGUAGCAUCAGGGGUCUCUGGAGAGAGGGAACACUAAACUAAGGGUUAGUGUGUGCAGCAGAGAAUGUUUCCCAUAUUAUAUAAAAGGAUGCUUUCAUUAUGUGACUUAACUUUUCACUUUAGAACCUGGGGUUUGGCAUUGUCUAAGUGUCAGAGGAACAGUCAGUCUGCAACUUAGAUCAAGAUGCCAAUGGUGUUCCCACUGAAAUCAGUAUCAAAACUCCCACUAAUUUUAAUAGGACAAGGACUAGGUCCAGAGUGAUAUGUUGCUUCUGAAAAAUAAAAGCAAUCACACCAAAAAGUUUAUUGGAACUUUCAAAAAGAUAAACAUCUUUACAAUCAGAAUAGUCAUGGCCCUGAUCUUACAAACACUUGUGUACAUGACAAGUUUCAGUGGUAGCAGUGUUAGUCUGUGUCAGCAAAAAUGAGGAGUCCUUGUGGCACCUUCGAGGUUAACAAAUUUA